AUGGUCUCAAAGCUGUUUGUUUCCGCGUUUGUGCUCAUGACCGUGGUCGGUGUGUCGUUCUCCGUGACCGAAGAAGACGAUGCUGCAAAGGUCGUGAACAAGGAAGAAGACAAUAAUCACCCGGUCAUCCAAGAGGUAAUCAAAAAAUUUUUGUCGAUGUUGGAGAAAAUCGACGUAGACCAGAUGUUGAAAAACCACAGGUUGAUGUCGAACAACGUCAAAUGUUUUCUGAACGAAGGACCGUGUACGGCCCAACUGAGGGAAAUGAAAAAAAUUUUACCUGCGAUAGUCAAAGAUAGUUGCGCGUCUUGUACCAAAGUGCAAAAGAACAUUAUCAAAAAAUCCAUGGAGGCGAUUCAAGAUCAACGUCCAAACGAGUACAAACAAGUUAGCAAAUUUUUUGACCCGGAGGGCAAAUACCAGAAGAAAUUCUUAGAAAACUUAAACACAGAUUAG